AUGGAAUAAGACAUAAGAAUGACAAUUGUUGGUUAAUACUUCAAAGACUAUAUAAAAACAUAAUAAUAAGUAAAAAUUAAUUCUGAUAAAUUUAGGUUGAUGAUUUGUAUCGUUAACCAAAUGAAUGA